GUCUUGCUUUCAGAUACUCUCUAGUGCAUUAGUCAAACAUAAAUAGCGUUGGGUUAUUGUACAGCAGCUGGGGGCUGAAGGCUCAACAGUAUAAAUCUACGAGUAGCUCUUUAUUCUUUUCCUCCAAUCCCUCGAUCAAACAACUCUCUACCUCAGUUCUCCACCAAAUCAUCUAUUCUUAUUCCUUCGUCAUAUUCCAUACAUCUCUCACUUUUGGUCACCAUGACUAAAACAAUCGCCAUUACCGGAGGCACUGGUUCCCAAGGCGGAGGUGUGGCUAAUGUCAUGCUCAAGACCCCUGGCUGGAAAGUGAGGGUCAUCACGAGGAACGCCAGUAGUGAGAAAGCUAAAGCACUUGUUGCUCAAGGUGCGGAGGUCGUUGAAGCCAAUCUUGACGAUGAGGAUUCUCUAGCUAAAGCUUUUGAGAGCUGCAACGCCAUCUUUGGCGUCACGAACUUCUGGGAACAUCUCUUCACCGGCAAAUCUCAAGCCGAGUCUGGCGAGGCGGAAGAGGAGCAAGCCAUGAAGCUCGCCCGAGCAGCCGCCAAGACCACAACUCUAGAGCACUACGUGUGGUCUACACUUCCCAGCUCGAAGAAGCUAACCAACAACAAGAUCGCCGUGCCUCAUCUAGACUACAAAGCUAAUGUCGACGACCGCAUCAAGACCGAACUUCCUGAACUUGCCAUGAAGACUACAUUCCUAUUCUUCGGAUACUAUCCCAGCAACAUAGCCUCCUUCCCACUCAUUAAGCCUUUUGAAUAUCCCGGCGCAUACGGAAAGUGGAUUCAGAUGCUACCCACACCCGCAGAAUCCACAAUCCCCGUCUCAGGCGACAUGAUCGUAACACCAGGAAUCUGGGUCCGCCAAAUUCUCGCCCUGCCAGAAAAGACCCUCGGCAAGUACUCCAUAGUCGCGCCAGAGAUCCUAUCCUUUGGCGAGAUGAUGAAAAUCUGGUCGGAAGUUACAGGGCGCCCAGGAGUGUAUGUACAGUGUAGCAAGGAGGCGUAUGAGGAGAUUUGGGGGCUUCCAGGGAAUGAAAUGGCAAUGCAGUUAAAGUUUGGGGAGGAGAUAACAGAUUGGAUGGCAAAUUUUGAUUGGGUUAAUAUGGAGGAGUUAGGGAUUAAGAAGGAGGAGGUUCCAGGGUGUAAGAUGGCUCUUGAGGGUUUGAAAACUCUUCUUUAAGGGAUGGGUUGGGAUAUGCAGGGGAGUGUGUGGGCAAUGUUUACACAUCAACUCAGUUGACAGGAAAUUCGCUAAUGAAUCUAGAAAGUAUUCCCGCCGCUUUUAAAGACAUUCGUUACAUAGGAAAGAAGCUGAAUUGCGGUUCUAAG